GCCAUAACGACAGCAAAUAUGGCAGCGAUGGCAGCAGGAGACGAGCAUGCUGCCUCUGAGGUUUUGAGAGGACUCACACGACAGUUAAACUGUCUGAACGAAGACAACAAAGCGACGAGGAAGAGGGCUUUAGAGGUAAUAAAGAGGGAAACUGUGGAUAGAGGACUCUCCAGCAGCGCCUUACAGGAGGUGUUCUCAGCCCUCCUCAAACCGCUCCUCAAAUGUCUGUCAGACCCGAUGGAGAGAUGCAGAGAAACUGCAAUCACCACUUUAAGUGACUUUAUCCGCUGUGUACCCGAACCAGAGGAGUCGCUUCCUUACCUCAUGCCAUGUCUGGCUCAGAGGCUCGGAGAGAAAGACAUCCUGGAGCCCGCCGAGGAGCUCCGUCUGUCGGCCGUGGAGAUGUUGACUCUGACGCUGGAGGUGUGCGGGAAACAUUUAGGGCCGUAUCUGAACGACAUGAUCAACAUCCUACAGAGAACCAUCAUAGACCCUUUCCCUGAUGUCAGGAGAGAAAGCUGCAAAUGUACCGUGAGCCUUGCAAAGUCUUUGCCAGGUUUGUGCACAUUUUUGUUGUUGUUGUCGUUUGUUGCUAUGGUUUCAUGGUAGGGGAGAGUAAUGUAAGUUGAGCCAAAGAGUAAGUUGAGCCACAAGAAAUUCAUCAUGUGACCAAAUAUUUAGGAGAUGAGCAUCAAUUCAUGGAGUCUGUGAAGGUUAGAAGCACAUGGGUGAAGAAGGGGUUAGACAUUUAUUUACAAAAAAAACAAAAAACAUUUUUUCACUCUUGAAAGUGAAUUUAGUCCGUCAUAAGUUUGAUUAGAAUUGUGUUCAGACCAAAAAAGAUCAUUUUAAAUUUGUUUUCUACAUCAAUUGUGGUAUCUAUGAGCUACAACAUGAAGUAAAAAACCAUAACAUAAAAACAUACGUAAAAGUCCACCAUUUUAGCUUAGAGGACUAAUAAAGGCUGUGUCUGAAAUGGAUCCCCAACCCCUAUAUAGAGUAGAAUAGAAUAGACUUUAUUUGUCAUUGCACAAAGCAACGAAAUUUCGUUAUGCCAUCCUGAAUGCAGAAAGAACAAAAACAAGUACAACAAUGCAUACAUAUGACAGCAUUCAUCCAUAAAAAACAUAUUAAAAUUAAGGCUGUCAAAGUUAGCGCGUUAUUGUCGCGUUAACUCGUAGUGCUGCAUACAUGGACCCAUAUUGCACUGUUUAAAUAAGAAGUAAUUGCACAUAGUUCCAUAUUGCACUGUUAAUAAAUAAAUCAUUGCCAUUGUAGAGAGACAGUUGGUGAGGUGUCCAGGCUAUGUGAGCCUCGGGCACUCCGUAGUUUCGCGAAUCAGGAAGUAUUGCAUUGACUGAUUAGCCGAUUAGCAUUGUGCAGGACGUUGGUCUGCAAAAUCAUACAAAUCGCAUCCACGAAAAUCCACGAUCUGUUCUCGUGUUGAUUCUCAUGUUGACAUAAGUAUUACAAUUUGAAAAAGAUCGAUUUAGAAUGGAUCAAAAAAAUAUGCGAUCAAUUUGCGAUUAAUCAUGAUUAAUUAUGAUCAAAAUUCGAUUAAUCGCGAUUAAAUAUUUUAAUCGAUUGACAGCCCUAAUUAAAAUAUAAAGACGUUGAUCAACAUUGACCGUCAUGUCACUGUAGUAGUGCUGCAGCACAUGGACCCAUAUUGCACUGUUUAAAUAAGAAGCAAUUGCACAUAGUUCCAUAUUGCACUGUUAAUAAAUAAAUCAAUUAAUUAAUAGAAGGAAUAGAGGGUAGUAGUUAUCAUGUAAUUACCAGAUAAUUUCAUGUUGCUACUAGGUAAUUACCUGUUAAUUACCUGGUAAUAAGUGUACUGUUAAAAAAAAAAAGUGUUACCAUAAAUCCUAUAGGUUUACAUUUACUUGGUCGUAAUUUUAGCAAUUUCCAGGAAUUUUAUGUCAACAAACCAGUGUUGUUGUCUUAAACGUUGAAGUGCAUUUCCUCUCUUUCUCCAGAGCACUUUCACUUGCAGGCGGAGAGUCUGAUCAAGCCCCUCAUGCAGACGAUCGCUCAUCAACAUUCCAGAGUACGAGUGUCUGUCAUUGAGGCCACCGGAGCUGUCAUUCAGCACAGCACUGGGAAAAACGUGGACGACGUGCUCUCUCACCUGGCUCAGAGACUGUUUGAUGACUCACCACAGGUUCACUUCAGAGCUACUCAACAUUUUGUGUGAUGCUGUGAAAGUUCAGGAGUCUUUUUCGUCUUAACGUCUUUUUUCUACUUUCCUGUUGUGUGAUACAGGUGAGAAAAGCUGUGACUGUAGUUGUUGGGGAUUGGCUACUUCAUUUAAGAGACAGAUACUCCUUUUUCCACAAACUCAUCCCACUUCUGCUGACUAACAUCACUGAUGAGAUCCCAGAAAUAAGGUAAAAGUAAUAUUACAAUUUGAUUUAUAACACGGUGAAGGGCAAGAAACAUAAUCUUAAAAUAUAAAAGAAUAGAUCACUGGAGUGUUCACUCUCUUCCUGCAGACUUCUAGCAGCUGAUUUAUGGAAGCAGGUAGGCGCACAGUGGGAGAAGGAGAAUGAGGAGGAUCUCAAGGACAAAAUGGACUUUCUCCUGACUCCACCACCCUUCUACCCAUCAGGAGGUAAGUCACCAUAAGUAAGUCAUCAUAGUGGUAAUCACAUUAUUUACUGGGUUUGUUUGGUGCGUGAGUUUUUGGCAUCACUGCAGUCAAACUGGGCGGCACAGUGGUGUAGCGGUUAGCACUGUCACCUCACAGCAAGAAGGUCCUGGGUUUGAAUCCGGGUCAGGGUGUUUCUGUGUGGAGUUUGCAUGUUCUCUCUGUGUCUGCGUGGGUUUACUCUGGGUACUCCGGUUUCCUCCCACAUCCCAAAAACAUGCAAGAGUGGGGUUAGGUUAAUUGGUCACUUUCAAAACAUUGCCCGUAAGUGUGAAUUUGAGCGUGGAUGGUUGUGCGUCUCUAUGCGUCAGCCCUGCGAUGAAUUGGCGACUUUUCCAGGGUGUCCCCUGCCUUCACCUGAAGAUGCUGGGAUAGGCUCCAGCGCCCCCGCGACCCCUAACAGAAUAAGCGGUAGAAAAUGGAUGGAUGGCUAGAUGCAGUCAAACUCAUUUUAUGGCUUUUAAUUCCACCUCUGAAUCAGUUUUAAGGUUAAAACUGUCGUCUGAUGAGUCCUCAAAUUGUAACUUAAUUGUUUAAGUAUUAGCUUUUCAAGAUGUAGUGUUGAUUUUAAAUAAAAGAUAACAAUUCUCAGUACAUAAAAUCAUUUUUUAUGGAUGAUUCUUUGCAUUAAUAUCAUUUGCAGUGCAAGGGUAAAGCUGAGUGACUACAGGUGUAUAAAUAUACCAACCCACCUACAUAGAGUUUAAAAAACAACUCUGUAGGAAAAUCAUCGGGAUCCAUCUUAAGCUUUAACCAUCAACUCAGAUUUUUUAACAUCCUGUAUCCGAUUAUUUUAUUGGCUUUUCUUAUCAAAGGAGUGAUUAGAGAAACAUCUGAGACAUCGUGCAUGUAAGAAAGAUUCCAGGUGUACUGGCUUCACUCGUCAACAUCAAUGCAUCAUAAAACCACUGACACUCCAGUCAAAAGCAAAUGUGAAUUUUGAAUGCUGUCUUCCAUUAAACCAUCCGUCUUUAUAAACGCUCUCUAGGGAUAUAACGUAAAAUGAAAAUAAUGAGUUUGACAGCUUAGAUUUCAGGGCAGGCACUGGCUUGGGAAGGUAAGUGUCUGCCUGGGGCCUGGAAAGGAAAAUGAACCUGAUCAUAGUUACCGUGGUUUACCAAAAGGGCCGGGCUGAGAGAGAGCGUUAAAAGAAUAAAACUAAUCGAGCUUAAUACCAGAUAACUUCUGGCUGGAUAGAUGCAGAAAUAAAAUGAUAAGAAAGAAAUAAAAGGAUAAGCAUAAAAAGAAGAGAGGAAAAGUGUAAGGAAAGGAAAGAGGAAAUAGGAAAAGAGCAGAGAGGAAAGGAAAGGAGGGGAAAUGGGAAAGUGUUGAAAAGAAAAGGAAAACGAGAGUAAAGAAAGAAUGAGAGAAAAGAGAAAAUUAAUUAAAAAAGGACAGAAAAGAAAAGGAGACUGGGAAAAAUGGAAGGAAGGGGAAGAGAAGAAAAGGAAAAGGAGUGGAAAAGAGAAGGAAGAGGAAGGAAAAUGAGAGGAAGCGAGGAGCAGAAGAAAGAAAAAGAAGAGAAAGGAAAAAGGAGAGGAAAUAAGAUGGAAGGAAAGAAAAGGUGAUGGAGGUGAAAAGAGAAGCAAAGAAGGAGGGGAAGAAAAAGGAAUGAGAAGAAAAAUAAGGGAAAGGAGAGGUCAACGAAAAGAAGAUAAGAAGUAAAUAACAAGAGAGAAGAAGAUUCAAAAAGGAGGUGAAAGGGAAGAAAAGACAGAACAUUAGUGAAAAGGGAAGUAAGAAAAGGUAUUGAAAGGAAAGGAAAGGAAUCUGGUCUAUCUGUCUUCCUCCCUCCUGCUGUCAUAAAUCUGCCGGGCCUCCCAGUGUGAAGAGGUCACUGUCAGACAGUGAAAGACGACCAGAAAAAGGCUUGUUUUGUCUUGUCCUGGUGUGUUUCUCUGAUUUAUCUCUGUAGUCUUUAAGUCCUCUCUUCCUCCCUCAUUAGUGUCCCUAUAGGAGGAGGAGGAGGAGGAGAACGAGGUGAGAGGGAUGGUGAAUUAAAAAAUGCUGGGGCUACUUGAGAAAAUGUUACACUUGCUCUAACAAGUCUCUUUUUAAUCGUAAAAAUUUAAGGUAGAAAAAAUGUGAUGAGUUUUAGCUCAGUCAGCAUUAAAAGCAUUUAGAAACCUGUGAAUCUGUGAUAUGAAUUGUUUUUUAAGGCUCUUUUAGUGUCCACACAGCUUAUUAAAUUGUGUUAUCCUAUUUUGCUGUUAAUAUAUACAUCUGAAACCUUGAACCAUCCAAACUGAGGCAAGCGUUCUGCAUUUUGUCCCCCAGUGGAGCGUCCCGGUCUGGGCUGCAGAGAACUCGUGGUGAGAAACCUGGGUAAGCUGGUUCCAGCCAUAGCCCACGAUGUGACGGACUGGCUGGUGCCCACACGGGUCAGGACCUCUGAGCUGCUCACUGUGCUGCUGCUGCACGCCGAAGAUCACAGCACUCAGCAUCUGCAGCCUCUCCUCGCCACCCUCUAUCAGGCCUGCACGGACUCUGAGAGAGACGUGGUAACCAGUGUGAGUUCUGGAGAGCCAGUCGAGUGUUUUUUAGUCAUGAUGUACGGGGUCAAGUAGAGCUCAAAGACUGGGAUGCACCUGUUACAGCUCUAUAGAUCUCUUCUCAUGUGGCCUAUCUUUCUGCGUCUGUCUUUACUCUGUUCUCACACCUAGUGCCUGGCCUCUGCGAAGCUCUUGGGAACCUUCGUCCCUCCUGACAUCUUCCUCAAGCUGCUGCUGGAUCACGUGACAGCUCCCUCCUCUUCCUCUCAUCCCUGGGCCCCUCUCAUGGUGCUGGCUGCCGUGCUCGGAGGCUGCCCCAGACCCCUCCUUAAACCGCAUCUCGAACAGAUCGCCAACACUCUGGCCAAGCCCGACGUCUGCCAGGAAUUUCAACAGGUCAGCAGAGAGGAUCAGGAUUUGUUUACAUGUUUUUUUUAACCCGGUUUACAUAAGAGUCUCUGCACUUUGCUCGUUAAUUUUGUCCAAUAUUCUUCUACUGUUGUGUUAGCUGCAUCGACUCAGUUUAGGAACAACAUCCCUGAGGUUUAUGAUGGAAAGCGAAAGAGUAAAACAUGAAAGUCAGACUUGUUUUGAUCACAUCUCUGCCAGGUUUUUUUUUUCUUCCGUGUCUGCCAUGUCUUGAUUUUCCUUCCUGAUCUGUGUGCACCAGCUGUUUUCCUUUCCCAGUCUUGUUAGGUGAUCUUGGCAGUGUCAUAGAAGGUCAUUUUCUGCACUCCUCAUGUACCAUUUACACUCUUAUUUUUGGCAGUGACAGAGCAGCAGUCAAACUGAAUAUUUCUUGCCCAAUUUGUCCCUUAUGUAAAUAGGUUUUAUGAUAAGAUGCAACUGCUAUUUAGAAGGGCUCGAGCUGUGGAGUGUUUUUCAAAAGCACCACUGUUUGCGGUGAGUUCAUUGGGUUUGCUGUUGAGUAAUUCUCCAAAAUGAGGAUCGAGCUCUCAGGCCACACAGAAUGUUUCAGGUCGGACAUUUCUAGAGGCGUCUUUAUUUUUGUUUCAGAGCAAAUAUAAUACGAGAAUGGCUUUUGUCUCUCUCUCUGAAAAUGAUAGUCUCCCAGUGGAAAAAACAUCAAGUCCAGAGCAGACUCUUCCCGUCCUUCUUUCUUUUUUUAUUACCAAACAUGUUUCCCUUUCUGAAUCGAAAUAACAGUUGUCUGGCGGAGAGUUAUUUUCUGAUCCUGACUGACUCACCUAUGCACAUGAACCCUCCUCCCCCCAUCCCAGUGAGGCCUGGAAGAAUUUCCUCCCCGGGAUAAUAAUAACAAAAUCCGCUAAUUUCACGUGACCCCUGGAUGGCUUCCCUGACCUCUCUAAGCAGAUGAGGCGGCCUUUGUAUUUUUUUAUAGCCGUGUGUAAGGUCCCAGCACAGGCUGUGUCUCACCAUUAAAAGAAUCCCUGAAAUUUCAAAGCCUGCCUGGUCAAGGCCGGUGAUAAAUGGGGAGGAAAGCUGACCCCCGUCUGUCCUCCCUCGUCGCUAUCCGGAGAGAGAGGACCAACAGGACGAGACGGUCAGCGUAGUCACACAGAUGGAGGCAGACCCCUGCUUCCUCUCUGCCCGCUUCUUCAUCUAUCUCUCUCCGCCAUUCAUUCUGUCUCUCUUUCCGAGGUCAAAGUUUAGGGCUCACCCAGACAAAGCACCUGCAACAUUCUUCAACAACAGGCAGAGUUCAUUGGAGGGAGCAGGGCCAAAUCACCAUGUAGCUGUAAAUAACACCGCAGCAGACAGGAGCACCUGCAUCCCUCUUUGUCUCUGUUCUGAAAUACCAACCGAAUGCACGCUCUUACUUUACCUCCCCGGUCCAAAAUGUGGAGUUUUCUCUCAGACCUGUGUUUGAUAAUAGUUUGAUAACCUACAGGCACACAAACAAAAACAAAAAAAGUGAAGAAGCAGGCCGGUUUAUUUUGUUUUUCACUUUUUUUAAAUGAGGUAUUUUUAGAGCUUAUAUGACCCAGCUUUAAAGAGUUAUGCACCAUUUCAACUGGAGGCCAAAAGAAUGCAAAAGCUAAGUUUAACUUGGAAAUAAAGAGGCCUGUCCUGAAAUUAAACAUAAAUAAUCAUCAAAGUGAACAGAGGCAAAGGGGAACUUCAGGGCUCGGUGGGGAGUUUGGGCUACAUGCUGAAGAUCUGGAAAGUGAUAUAUGAUACGUCGGCACAACUUAGCCUCCCCGACUCUUUCAAGUGUCUGUUUUCUUUUCUGUAUUUCGGUAUUUCAGGGAAAAGGACAGCUUACAAAAAUAAAUGGCAGAUCCUCAGCGAAAAAUAAAAAUAUUGGACUUAAAAUCGAAGAUGAUGUCAAGGGUUUUGAGGGAAAAUGAAAGGCGAGCCGGUGGUCAGAGAAGCCACCGUAUCCUGAGGCACCUUAUGCAGUUCACAUGGGGUGUUUGCUCAUGAAUCAUAAAAGGGUCUCUUUUUGAAGAGAUACUCCGCAGGGGAUUAGCAAAUCCCUACACAGCUGUGUGUCGCUGUGUUGUGAUUUACCAUGGUGACGGGGUCGUCAGAUUAUCUGCGGGGCUGGAUCAAAUUGGUGAAAUCAGGAACAAAAGAGAGGAGGAAAAGUAGAUUUGCAUGCAUGUUUACUUCACCUGGGCCUCCUAACUGUGGGCAUACUGUCGGAGUGAAACAGAUCAGGGGCAGGGGGGAAAAGAAAGCUCUGCGUCUUCUCAUCUUGUCUGUGCACGGAGGAGCUGCGGCCUUCAUGUCACAGCUGCCUAUAUUCUGCUGAGUACACAAACAUGCCGCCAUACAUCAACCGCUCUCCUGCGUGCCUGCCCUUUGUCAUGAGUGACAGCCGCACACUGCUCGCCGCUCCACCGAAUGACAGAUGAACAGAGGUAGCUAACUUUACCUGAGCGCAGCGAGUCGGCAUCCUCUGCGCUGCGCUUCUGUUUGUUUUCACGUCGCCUAGGCAACAUCAGUAGCCGUGGGGGUGGUGGGCUCCCCACUGGAUAGGAAUUCAUCGCCUGGUACGGCUCCUUAAAGAGGAGUCUGAGUGAGUGAGUGUGUGUGUGUGUUUGUAAUUGAUGUAUCCAGUGGUGGACAAAUGCACACACACUGUGUAACGAGGCCCCCUGAGCGUGCCCAGGCCAAUGAAACCAGGUGUAUCUCGCCUGGUUCCAGGUGUCCACAUGGUGAUUACACCGCACCACUUUUUCCGCUCUCCCUCUUUCUCUCUCUCGGCCGGCCCUAAUGGUUGUUUUCUAAGAAUGUAUAACAUGUUAGUCUGCGUAUGUGUUCGCUAAUGUGUGUGUGUCUGCUACUGUUUGUCACGUUAUUUCCACUACUCCCUGCUCACUGCUGGUUUUAUUGGCUGGUGAAUGACUAGACCCUGAGCUGGGAUUUCCCCUAUCAAUGACUGUGGGAAUACAUACAAAUGAGUGUACACGUGGCAUCAUGUCAAUGUUGUUCUGGGCUUCACAUAUGUUCAGUUUGUGCAAAAUCCUGGACUCAUGAACAGGUUUGGAAAACAUUUGCAGACUGGACCCCCUGAGCUGAUCCUCAUCCUACUAAAUCAUGGCUUUUUUAACACUUUGAGCAUCUUUACUCGGUAUGACAGUUGUUUUCUUUCUAGAUUUAUUGUAAGCUGUGCCAUAUAACAGCUAUUCAAAUAUGUGGAAAGAGAAUGUGCCCCCUAGUGAUAGAUUUGUGGUACCUGCAAGUCCAGCUCUGUAAGUGGGUGCUCUAAUAAUCUGUACAAAGACAAACUCCGAUGUUUUAAUUGAAAUUAAUGCAAGAGCAACUUACAGAUGUUGAAAACAAAAAGAGUUUUUAUUGUUUUCUGAAUAUUUCCAUGUAUGAGUUUACUUUAAAAUUGAUGCAACAUGUUUCAGAUCAUUUUGGACAUGUUCGCCGUGCUGUUACAUCACCUCUUCUUUUAACAGCUCUCUGUAAAACAAGUCAGCAGGCCAGUAAAGAUCCCGCACCCUUCUCCGAGGAGACAUGCUGUUGCAAAAUGUGGUUUGGCGUCUUCUCACUUUAUUAUGCAAGGUCUCUCCUGACAAAAUGCACAGUCUGGAUGUUAACCUCUAAACCUGUAUAUAAGUCUAUUAAAUAGUGUUAAUGUGUGAGCGACCGGUUUCAUGAGCACUUCUGCAUCCCGGUACUAUAAAGGAUGCAGGAUUCUGAAUUGUGCACGAAUAACAGGUCAGGCUUUCUGGACUAAAGGAUGUAGCAUCUAUGAUUAACAAAAAAAGUCACAUUUUGAUUAGUCAGACCACAGUACAGUUAAGUCCAUCUUGAAUAGACUCAGGCCCAAAGAAGUCAUGACUGUUCAGUAUGUUUGGUCUCAUUUCUGCAUGGUACAGUCUAAACCAGACCUGGGCAUUUCCAGCCCCUUGGAUGUCCCUGCCUGGCCCUGCGUGAGGUUCCUCAAUCAAAUCAUCAACAUGCUUUAAAAGUGUGUCGCUUUUAUUUUGAAAACCUAGCCAUUAUUUUAUUUCCAUUUGGACACACCUGCGUACAUCCUAGAUCUGCAUUCGUGAACAGAGACAAGUUUAAACAUCGGGUCACAGGUGUGCUUUUUUGGGCUUGUUUUUAACUAGUCGUUGCUUAUUUGGACUUGCUUUUCUGUAUGUGUGAACCCCCCCCGAUUUAAAGUUGAAGUUGUUGUUGGUUCGGCCCUCCAACACAGUUCAGGUUUCUCGUAUGGCCCCUAUGUAAAAAUUAUCAUUAUUUAUCAUUAAUUAUCGCGCACCCCUGGUCUAAACCAUUUGCAUUUGCUGGUUCAAAUUUGAUCCAAUGCAGUGAUUUACACUUCAGAGUCAUAUCUGUUUUUUAAUGCAAACAUUAACAUUUUCUGUCUUUUUCAUUAUUUUCAGUUUGUAUUAUCUUUUCUCUGCAUCUCAACCCUGAUGGGUCUGUGGUUGUAAUUAUGUUUUUAGCAGUGUUGCACUCGAGAAGGUUGCAAGUAAUUCUCGCCGUCACCAGGCUGAGGUAAACACCUGGAGGGCACUUUAAUCGGCUCUCAACACUCCUAAUACUAGAGCGCACACUCAGCUUCUGUCACACUCUCUUUUACACACCUUCCAUCUCUCCUUUCCAUCCAUCCAAUCCAACACUAAUGACAGACUGUAAUAAAACAGGAAAAGAGGCCAUGAUUCCCAGUCAUGGUGUCGAAAUUAGCCCGAGCCACAGGUCUUUGUCUAAACAUGAGCUCACCACAACGCCGCCUGACAAGUGACGGCAAUCUCACGCAGGCUUAUGCACACACGAGUGUCUGCAGAUGGAAAGUUCUCCCUCUGGGUUAUUGAAACUCGUCAAUUACAAAAUAAGAGACGAAGGUCCUGUGUAUUUGGUCAAAAAGUACAAUUUCCAGAUGAAUUAAAAACGUUUUUCCAGGUUUCAUUCCCUCCUAAUCCCUCUCAUAGGACUCCAAUCUCUUAUAAACCAGAUAUCUCAUAAUAAUUCUCCUUCUCUCCCCAGGUUGUGUACUUGGAGCAGUUGUUGGCCAGCGUGGAUGCGCUGCUGCGUCAGAGCGAGUCAGACUGUGGCUCGGUGAGCCUGCAGCUGCUACAGGUGCUGGUCACAGUCCAGAGCCUCUCCACCGAGCCACAUCUCAGCGAAAAGGUGAGAAAACACAACCUGGUGGUCUGAUAAUACAAUAACAGAAACAUCUUAUCUGCCUUCCACCUGUGCAACUAAUUCAGUUCAGCUCUUGCGUGGCGCAUUUCUGCAACGUCUCCCUGUUCCCUGUUCGAUUUGUACUUUUCCGAUGGUUUUGAUCGUAGCGGUGAGCAGGUUUUAUGAAGCAAGAGAGCUAUUUGAGGAAUGCAAGCUUUUGUAUGAGUUCAAAGUGGGCAUGGCCGACAUUGUAAUUACCCACUUAGCCAAGGGGGGCUGAAAUUGCACCUUUGGAGUGGAACUUGAAAUCCAGACCUGAGUGAAAGGAGGAGGGAGAAAGAUGGAAAAACAGUCGGAAACACCAAACAAACACAUUUAUAGUGAUGAGUUGUGUUUCCUAACAGGUGUGUGUCAUCGGCGUAACACCCGUUUGUGGCUGCGUACAGCUCCUCCGGUCCACUACAGCCGAGUUGUGCACAAACCCGAAAGCUUUCAUGUCGUGGUCAACCUCAAAAUGCACCCGAAACGGCGACAAGUUGAGCCAUCAGUAUCUGAGGCAAGAGUGUCGCCUCUCUGCUUGUCGCCGUAGGAGGUUAAUGACAGGGAAAAGAGCGGGAAGCCAUUGGCACCAAUCCUUACUAGACACCACAAAGGCCGCCAGUGUUUGUGUGUUUGUUUAUGUGUGUCUGCACGGGUCCGUAAGUCCAGACUUGAGAGCAGAGUUAGAGGAGAGAUGAGAGGAAUGGAUUAAGAAAUGGAGAGGGAGGGUGAGAAUGGCCUUGGGCAUUCCCGGACUCAGAGGAAAAGCUAAACUUGAUUCCCACAAAAGGGGCAUGGCUUUCCCAUCAGUGGACAGCUCAGGGUUGUCUAGCUGUCUUCUAAAGGGGCCGAUCUGUGACUCAGACAAUGUCUCUGUCCCUGCGUGUCCCUGAGGGACUAUGAAGGGAACUAUAAAGUGCCCUAAGGUCACUUCCCCUGCCCUAAAGAGUCAGCUAAUUAUUUACUCUCCUAUCUCUCCUUCUUGCCCUUUCCUCCCCGCUCAGCUUUAUUGCUUUGUCUGCAUGUGUAUAUAUGUAUGUGUGUGUGUUCGUGUACAUGUGUGUUUGUGUGUAAGGGGGUUCUCUCCGUUCUUUGUGACAUCCUGUGUAUCUGUCAGGGUUUUUGUUUCUAAUUGGUUUUACAUGUUAGACCUUGUAAUGUCUGUUGUGUUGUUCUUCCCAUGGCUUCACAUGAUGUUCGUUCUUCCCGUGUGUGUGAAGGAUUUCUGAAAUCACAAAGAAAACAGCUGAUCAUCAAACCGUCCUCCCGCCCUGUCUCUGUUGUCUCUCAUUUUUAAUAUAAGUGAGAAUCUGUCGACAUUUUCCUCCACCUGUCCCUCUCCUCCCUCAGGCCGUCCAGAGCGUUCACUUGUUGUGCAAGGUGCAGGGCCUGGACUCGAUGACAGAGCUGUAUAGACGACAUAUGGGCCAGCUGCUGGACUGGCUGUCUGCCUCAGUCGACGCCUGGUCCAGUUACUCCCCGCAGAGACUUCAACUGCAUGUCAUAGUCACACAAUCAGGUGAGAAGUGACGGCUGAUUUCUUGUUUUUUCUUUCCACGUGAAGUUGCCAAAUUAUACAGCAGGUGCAGAAGUGUACUCAUGUAGAGAUACAAUUACCGACAAAGACACAUAGAGAACCUUUGAGAAAUCGGCUUGUCAAAGCAGCUGUUAAUGAUGAGAAAUUCGCUUCACCUGUCAUCGCCGUGAACAUACACCAAAGGUCCAUUUCACCUCGACAAGCUGGUGGAAGUUUAUCAUCCACAUCGUGUUCAGUGAAACAUUUCUCUCAUAGCUUACUCAGGGACAUGUUUCAGUGUAUUUCAAGCAUCGUCAACACAACACAGUGAGACUGCGCAGAAGACCCAAGCACUAUAUUAUGGCCCUUUUUAAGCUGUCAAAGGAAAAUAGAUGCAGCAGAAAGAAACAUAAAAAAGAUGGUUUCAAAAUCUUAAAGUCUGAUGACCUUGUGACUCUUGGAUUAGGAAGAUCCCAGCUCCCAAAAAAGUGUGACAGAAGCGACGUUUACAUGUGCGAAAUUUCUUGAUCUGAUUAAAAAUUUGAGGGAUCAGAAAAUCUGAAUCCACUGUUUACAUGUGCGCAAAGUCAAAUAAUCCGACCAUGACGUGCGUUUACAUGCACCAAGCUUUUUUCAGAUUAGAACCAUUAGAUAUGCGCAGAGUUGUCUAAUCUCACUGAAACAACCACAGAAGAAGAAGAGUUGUAUUAACACCUGUGUUGUCAACAAACGCGGUAGUGGCUUACUUUAUCAGAUUUAGGAUUUUUCCCCAUGUUAAAUGUUGUCACUAGGUGGCGCCCUUGCAUACCUAUUUUACUAUUCUGUCAAAGGUUGCACUGUGCAUGCAGACGUGACAUCAUCACGCUGUAUUUACACCUUGUUAUGUUACCGGAGGAGCAGCAAUAAUGGAACCUUCUGAACUGACCUCAGUAGAUAAAGAGUGAAGAUCGAGUCAGGUAAGAGAGUCACGAUCGGAAUAAGUGUUUACAUGGACGCGUUUCAGAAUAACGAUCGUCAUAAACCACCGCUCUCGAUCGGAAUACAAUUUCUUUCUGAUUUAUCCGAAUUGGAUCAGAAUCUUCCGAUCAAUAUGUUUACAUGACGCUUGUUUAUUCCGAUCGGGCCUUUAUUCCGAUUCUUUGUUCCCAUGUAAACGCAGCUAUAGGUGAGCAUAGGGAAUCAGACGUAGUCCAGAGCAGGAGCGCACCUGAAAGCUACAGGUGACAAAAGUUUAACAAGUUCAUUGUCAAAAAUCUCCAGGAUUUAUUGCUCGACAAUCAAAUGGAUGAACGCCGUGUAGACGCUCACGGAUGACCCUCAAACAAAAACACGGAGGAAUUUUUAUGAUUCUUUUCUUUAUGUGAGCAGUGAGGGUCACGGUCAAACACAACCACACACACACAAAAAACGACAAGGCUGUCAUUAGCACCAGCGGCUCACUGACCUCUCUGUCGCUCCCUCGGUUUGUCAGUCAGUCACUGUGUCUGAGACUCGUCUAGAGGGUUUAGUCUGCGCUUGUGUGUGUGUGUGUGGCUGAGUGGGUUAAAGAGCCGUGACCCUGUCUUUGGUGCAGAGACUUCACUAUACCUCUCUUUAUACCAAAUAAUCCUCCAUCAUCAGCACCCCCAUGUGCCACGCUUUCAUCUCCAUCUCCCUCUCCCUCCCUCCCUUCUUUUUUCUAAUUGACCGGGCAGCUGGGUACCCCUCUAAUCCACACACACACACACACACACACACACACACACAGAGACCCUCACACACACUCCCACGGCUAACUGACCAGUCCACUCGGCGAUCCCCACGCAGGUCACUACAUCAAACGCCAACCACAGCCGCCUGCUCUUGACCUUCCCUUGGAUCAAGGCCACUUUGAAGCUCGUUGUGUGUGUGUUUGUGUGUGUGUGUGUGUGCGUUUGAUUUUCACAUGUCUACUUUUCAUUCCUACAAAUUUGGUCAGCAGGAAGAGACAUCGCGUGGCUGUUUUGUUUGAUGUCGCAUGAUUCAAGGGAAAUCCUCACUCCGUCGAACAAUUGACGGUAGUUUAUUUGACAUCCCAGAAUUGGUCAUUUCGCUUGCUCAUCAGCUCCUGUCACACUUCGUCUGUGUUUAUUCCAGACAGGAAUAAAUAUCGCCCUCUCAUUUCCUCCUUACUGUCUUUUGUUUUUCAGCCGCUGCAAGAAUAGUAAGUGGAGUAGUGAAAUUUCCACUCGCCGCCUUGUUAUGUCCUUAGUCAGUGUGCGUCAACAUGAAGAGGUUUCCUCCAACGCCCUUUGAUUCACACAGUCCCGCUGAAAAGCUCGCUCCGUCUUUGUUUCGCCGUAUCUCUUUAUGAUGUUUUCCGACACCCUCGAGCGGUCUCAGGAUUUCCUCUGUCUCCUCUCAUGUCUGAGUCCAAACACUUAUCACUUGUUACACACACAUGUAGAUUGCUAUAUAUAGCUCUGUAAACAUGCCGUCAGACUCAGUGGGUGUGUGGGUGUGUGUGUGUGUGUGUGUGUGUGUGGCGGGGGGACGAGUGAAACUGGGAACACUCUGACAAUGAGUUUCUUCAUUUUCCUAUAAAAGACCGUUUUUGUCACAUGCAGACGUUUUUAUGCGUCACGUCCUCAGAGCUCUGUGUCACUGUCUCACCUCUACAUAGAGCGCUGAACACUGACCGCAGUCUCUCUCUGACUCUGAGGACCUUUUCUUUUUCAUGUGACAGAAAGGAAAAGUUUGGAAAGACAAAGUUGCAUGAAUGUCCAACUCCAAUUUCAUAAAUGUUGGACAAAAUCUUCAUAAAAACUAAAUUUAAUUGUUUGCAAGUCGUUUGGUUCUGAUAUUUAAUUGGGAGCCAGCAAUUGUAGGGAUAUUAAAUUCAUCUUGGAAGGCCAAACUGUGUUUUUUGGAGAUGAUUUUUACCCAGUGCAGCUACUUUAAUAACUGAGUUAUGUCUGUUUUUGUCACAUGCAGACGUUUUUAGGCGUCACGUCCUCGGAGCUCUGUGUCACUGUCUCACCUCUACAUAGAGAGCUGAACACUGGCCACAGUCUCUCUCUGACUCUGAGGACCUUUUCUUUUUCAUGUGACAGAAAGGAAGAGUUUGGAAAGACAAAGUUGCAUGAAUGACGAACUCCGAUUUCAUAAAUGUUGGACAAAAUCUUCAUAAAAAAUAAAUUUUAUUGUUUGCAAGUCAAUAUCCCCAGCAAAUUUGGGGAUAUUGGGAUCAUCUUGGAAGGCCAAACUGUGUUUUUUGGAGGUGAUUUUCACCUAAUGCAGCUACUUUAAUAACUGAGUUGUGUCUGUUUUUAAUGCAGUACCUCCUGAAGGUCCAGAGAUCACAGCUAUUCAGUUUUAUUUCAGUAUUUAUUUAUCUAAAUUAUCCUGGAAUUGUUAAAUUGUUUGUUUGAGUGGUGAACCUCCUCCUAUAGAUAUUCAGCUCCUCUGAAAAGCCAUUUUUAUACUCGGUCUGUUACUAAUCUCUUGUAAAUUGACCAAACUAGUCAGAAGAUGUUCCCAAGUUCCCAAGUUUUUGAAACUUGUGGCUGUUUUAAACCUUAAAUAAAUUGUCCUUUCAGUAUUUUCCCAUUAGAUAUAGGCGUAAAUUUUUUAUCAACAUUGUUUUACAUUUUGCUGUUGACAUUGUCCUCAGUGCUGUAAAUAUACGUUUGUGUUACAGGUCCGGUGAUUGGUGAGUUUGUGAGCCAGCUGAUGCCUCUCCUUCAUAGCUGCCUCCAGCCGAACAGAGACACGGAGAUGAGAAUGAGCGUCUUCACGAUGCUCGCUAAGCUGCUGCUGGAUGCAGCCAACACACUGGAUUCUCAGGGGUGAGAGGGAGACACACAUGCUCGACACAAAUCCACAGAUACACAAAAACCACUUCACUUCACGAUUUAAGUUGAGAUGAGCUGUUGUCAUUUUUUUCUUGCUUUCACCGCUGCAGGAUCUCACGUUGCAGGGCCAUAAUAAUGCCAAACUUCUUACAUGCGAGUAAUCAGUUUGACCGAGCUGAGUUCAUCUUUCUGCAGAUAUUUAAAAGUCGUCCCCAGGAGUCCCAUUUGGAUUCACUUUGAGAGUAUCAGAGGGACGAACUCAUAUCAGCUAAUCAUUUCUUUGCCUGAUGAAGAUAAAGCACAUCGUGUCUGUAUUACUCCUUUGUGGUUUAGUAACUCCACUGUAUUGUAAUGGGCUGAUGAAAGAUGAAGAAUGGAAAGAGCACCACUUUGGAGGUUCUCUCUUUCUCUCUCUCUCUCCCUCUCACCCUUGACCGUCUCCCCUCACACCCUCAGCUGUGCAGCCUUCAGCCUAAUCUGAGGGAAUGCAUUAAGCAGAGGCCGUCUCCAGAUCCCAGCGAACCCCGGCAGCUGCUGCCGUCGAUCAGAAAGACAAACCUCGUCCUAACAGGGUUGCCAUGGAGACAUCUGUGCAGUGUGUAACUAACCCUAGCCCGAAAGCCAAAAGGUCCAUGAGGGUUGGUAGGCGCUUCCCUCGGUUAAUUUAAGGGACAGGCUGGUAAUCUUUGUGUGCUGAGGGAUUAUAAAGAUCUUUGAAGUGAGCCCGGCGGUGUGAGUAAUAUCCGAUAUCAGAGAGAGAAAUGUUUUAUAAACAACAGGAGAAAACAUUUUGCUACCUGUGCCAGAAAUGUGGAAACUCUAACUUGGCUUUCAGCUUUCAUCAGAUUAUUUUAUCCCCAAAUAGACAAAAGAAGCCUCUGUCUCUUACCGACUCCGAGCUCGGCCACCUGUGCAGCUAAAUGCGUCUUUUAUUCCUCCGCCAUACCUCCAGUAAUCACACUACCGCCAAAUCAUGUUACAUCUUCAAAAGGUUUCAGACAAAAUGCUUAACUAACCACACAGUACGCGCGGCGGUGCGGUCUGCCAUAAUAUCUCCAUUCAUACUCACCUUAUACCUCCAUUCAUGAUUUAUGUCCAAAUUUCUGCUCGGCAAAUUGAAGCCCACACACACUUCAUGUCAUCAAGAGGACAAUGAUAGUCAUAGAGGAAACCUCUCCUCUCUGUUCUGUAACCGAAAUGACAUAAUGACAGGCAGAGAGGGAAAGUAGAUGAUAGAAGAGGCAGAAAGGGAGAGUGAGUUUGUGCGCCAGCAUGUUCCUUUCAUCCACACAAACACAUAAUGCUUUUGUUUCAUGUGGGAUUGUGAGCAGUGAUUAAAAAGUUGGAUGUGAAAUUUAAGUAGAAGGCGAGGCGUGAGAUGUGGCAGGUUGAAAUCAUGCCCCGUUUACAGGAGGAGGGGUAGAUGUGUGCGCUUUCAUACACGUGUGGACAGAACAAGGCACCUCUCUUCAGGCUCGAUUUUCUUGGAGUGACACUUUAAUUUCAUCCUGAAUCCAAAAACUCUUGUGUAAACUCUAUUUCUGAGAAUAUCAGAAAUGAAAGAAAUCAACAGUUUCAGGAGAAUAUUAUACUUAUAAUCACUAUAACACUCAAGGAUGAAUUCACAAAGCUAUAACCUCACAAUGAUAGAGAGGAUAUUUUCCAAAAUCAGGACGCUAUAAUAAGAAUAAUCCAUAAAUCAAUAAAAAUGAUGUAAAGGAACGAACUUUUUUUCCAUUAAAUUAUUUUUAUGUUGUUAAAUUUUUCUGGAAGCGCUGACAGCUCCAUUGAUGAAGUAUCCGAGCAGUGCUCCUCACUAAGUUUCCUGGAACUUUCUAUGUGUGUGUGUGCUCACAGACGUACAACUAAAAAGCGACAUCCCACUCUUCUUUUCUUUGGACAGCGUCACUGUAAUGUGGAAAUCCUUCUUUCCGUCUCCAUUCAUGAAUCAUGAUGAGCCUUCAACACCUGUCUGGAUGAAGAGACUGAUUUCACUCAUCUGUGCUGUCCCUGUUCUUUUAGUGGCACACAGUCUCCCCCUACUGGCACUAGAGAAAUCGCAUCACACUUCUUUAAACGUCAUGACAAUUUUACUGACACCAGCUGAGGAGCCUGAGGCUGGCAGCAGCAACCAGAGCUGGCUGAUUGGGAGCGAAAGGGCAGAGCCAACUCUUGUAGUGUGUGAGAGGAAGUCUGAAGACCUAAGUCAGCGUGGAAAACAGCGAAAGGAAAAGAGGACACCCAGAUGUUGCAGUCUUGGCCUGCUGUUCUCCCUCACUCCCGUCUUUUUUUUUUGUCCAAUAACAAGUGUGGGAAAAUGUCUGUGUUAUCAACAGUGCGUUUUGUUCGUCGGUCACAUGACCUCAAAGCGAUCACCACGUUGGCUCGGUGUCAAGAUGAUGUGGAUGUUUUUCUCUCUGCUCAUCUACUGUACACAUAAAUUUACUCCGUCUUUCCUUCCAGGCAUUUUCGUGACGAGUCAGAGAGGUUCCUGCGUGACGUCUUGCUUCCUAACCUGGUGUGGCAAGCAGGCCGAACUUCCGCCGCCGUCCGCGCCUCUGCCCUCAGCUGCUUGCUGGCUCUGUUGCACGGAGGAGCCAUCACGCCCGGACAGGUACUCGAUGAAGUCAUCCGCAAAUCCAUCUGACUCGCACAAAGAGUCAUGACACAGUGUUUUAUCUAUCAUAACUUGUGCAAAGGGACCCAUAAGCGGAUGUGAGAGCUCUCCAGUAGCACAUGCUCCUGAUCUCAGAUCUGCAGAACCGCUUCUUAUUGACUCAGCUGUAAAGGAAAAGAUGUGGUAGCGCAUACUUCCAAUCCAUCAGGAGACUUCAAUUUCUCUGCUGCGUUCAUUUCCCAUCAAAACAGACAAUCCCACUGGGCCUUUUAGGAAAAUAUAUCAUCCGCCAUCUUUUCUCUCCUUGGCUGGAAGAGUUGGCCAUGUCAGGUAGCAGGUGUACACGGGGGCAAGCGGGUUCACAUACCUUUGUCCCAGAGGAACAAUGCUUCGACUGUGCGGGACCCUUGUUAUACGUAGGAACUAUCCCCCCCUCCUGUCACGCCCUUGCACCUGCCUUUCUGAUCCUUUGCCCAGUUGUUGUGUGCGCGCUGUCACACACGCACAUCUGGCCAUGUUUACGCUUGCGACCGUCCGAAAUUGGCUCGCGCACACCUCUGCGAUUCGCAUGUCCUCCACGAGCAAACAGCUGGGAGUGUCUGUUUGUGCGAUCGAACCCAAACACCUCACGAGUCGUGACAGUGUGACUCUGAGUUUGGGAGGAGGUAAACAUGUGUUGAUGGGGGCUGCAUCAGAAGGGUUACGUAAGUGUGUUUCCACAAGCGAAUCAAACAGGCCUUUAUUUGGGAGGACAUUGUUUCCUCUCCACUCCCUGUGAAAACAAUUAGCAGCUCCAGUUACACUUUGCCACUGAUGUAAUGCCGGAUCACUUCUCAGCCAAUCUUUCCUUCUCUCUCCCUCCUUCCCCCCUCGACUUAUUAUCUUAUUUUUGUUUCUUUUUGUACUGUUUGGCCUCCACGGUUUCGAUAGCAAACAGACGGCAUGACAGAGGUUUAAGCCAUCACCUCUUGGCCCGUGGCUCAGCCUCACCUUGUCUGUCCAUUUCCUCUGUUUCUCAUCUGUGGGUGUGAUGAAAACAUCGCUUUUCACAAGACUCCUGCAGGUUGGCUCCGCGCCCGUGUGUCUGUUCAAACUGAUCCAGACCUGAUGUGAAUCUGUCGUAGUUCAGGCAAUAUUUCACUGUGGUUAACUAAAAAAAAAACAACAGAAGUCUUUAUGAAUGUUGAGGAAAAUAUGGAAUAACGCUCUCCAAGCUUUCCUCAACGUUUGUUUUUGUCCUCAGUAUUCAGCCUUGUCUUUGUAUCGCUGUAAGUAAGUGCGACUAAAGCACACAAGAGGUGUCGAAAAUUAAAGUAUGCAGUCUGAAUAACACAGCCGCAAAAAAAGUCCCCUGAAGGAUUAGAUAAUAGUCUCCGAAGAGAGUACAUUUCUAGUUUAUCGGCUGCGCAAAGCUGGAAAAUUUUUUUGAUAUACAACAAAAAAACACAGCUUGAAAUCUUUUCUCGAGACAGAGCUCAACGUGUAACCGGUAGUAAAUGAGUUUUUUGCUUUUAUAUGUGCGCAGCUGCUGUGUAUGGAGGAGAAGCUGCUCCCCCUGGUGUUGUCGGCUCUGGAUGAAGACUCUCAGAUGAGCAGACUGUUUGCUUGUCGUUCUCUGUCCGUCAUAAUCAAGCUCAUAGGAACCGCUCUGCACCCCGAGGCUCUCAACAAGAUCUACCCAGGUAAUCACUCAUGCAUGGUAACACUUGUAGAAAACUUUGCACUUGGUUUGUCGUGACUUCACAUUGUGUUCGGCUUUCCUCCUCAGAGCUGCUGAAGCGUCUGGAUGACAGCAGCGAGGAGGUGCGAGGCGUCUCUCUCCAGGCCCUCGGACUCUGGAUGUCGGGCCUGACCAAAGAGUACAACCCUGAGUUCUACUCUGCUCAUCUGCAGCUUCUCUUCCAGCAGCUUCUCCUGCACCUGGACGACCCUGACAGCUCGGUGCAGGGGGACGUCCUCGGUGAGUCUUUCAGGCGCUUCAACCUGAAACCUGGAGGUGAUAAUAGCUCGUUGAACACAUCCUGAGCCCUGAUCCUGGAAACAUAUAGUGUCAUAAUAACCACUAUAAUGUUGAAAUGAAGAAGAUCUUUUAUAAUUUACUUUUAAUGCUUUGCUGACAGGUAGGAAAUGUGGGGAUAACAUUAACAUAACAUCCUUUAAACGAUGAUGUGACGUGAACCUAAAGACCUCUAUUAUCCGACCCACAUGUUCAGACAUUAAAACAGACGUUUGUGAGGAUCUCCAGAGCGGUCUGCUGUGUCACAAACACUCACAGCGGGAUGAGAGGAAUUAGAUGUUUCCUCUGCCUGGUCAGAUCCAGAUCCAGAUCCAGAUCCAGACCCCUCACAGGUUGAUAUGUGAGUUUCUGUUUUGGUGUAACUCCCCUUGUCAGUCCACCUGAGGGGGAUUUGGCGGUUGCUGUGGCAGAUCUCUGCCUCCCCACCUGUAUUCUCUCACACCCUGAACAGCUCCAGCUAACAAAACCAACAUGGGCAUCUCUUCCCCUCACCACCUUUCUUCAACUGUCCUGCAACUCAUCCGGCGUACUCCCUCCAUCUUUCAUCUCUCCGUCUACCUUCCUCCCCUCGUACCCGGUGUUUUCUGUAACAGUCUGUAGUAGCUUCACAGCUGUGUUUUAUUGAUGCAUCAGUGGAAAGUCUGAGAACGAUGUGCUCGGAUCCUCUGGACUUUCACUCUCUCCCACUCUCGUAGAUGUUAGCUGUCAUUGCUUCUGACAGGAAGCAGGUGAGCGCUGAUGCCUUAGCCAGCGCCAUGAGGCCUCACUGAGGGUUCUCUCAUCUUCGUAUGUCCAGACAUGAAGGGAAGAUGAAAUAAAAAAAAGAAGAGAAAGUAUUUAUGCUCACACCAGAUGCAGCAAUAGCUUCCAUACCAUGAAUUCUACCCCUGCGAGACCACUUUUGAAAGGCGUCCAAGAACAAAAGGCAAUUUUGUUGAUGCCACUGGUUACGGGUGUCUGCGAAAGUGAGAGCAGGAGGUAGAAUAUCAUACAUACUGUACGUGUUUUGGACAAUGCUAAACAGCUGGACAGUCGUUUCUAUAAAACGAAGUGCAUGAGCUUUUAACUACAUCGAAUAUGAAUAACCCCAAAACUAAAACAUAUCCUGUCCCCUUUGGAGAGGGGGAUGUGGUGGUCCACCUUGAGUGGGUCACCAUCGUCCCUGUUUCUAUGGUUACCUCUUUGCACAGUUUUAACCUGCAGAUGUGGAUGGUGGUUUUGGGGUGUGAUUUUGAGUCCAUGCAGUGAUUUCCACUUCAGAGUCAUGUCUGUUUUUAAGUCAUUCCUGGUUUUAAAGCCAUUUUCCCUUCAGUACAGAGAUUUUUCCUCAUUCUCUAAAUCUUUGGUGAUUCUGCAGUCGGUGAAAUCCUCAAAUUCUCGACCACGUGGUGCCAAAAAUCCUCCAGUGUCACACACAGAGUGGUUAACUUCUUCUCGUCUUCAUUUCUAAUUUCCUCCAAGCCUUUUUUUCUUUUUAUCAUGACACAACUUUUUUCGGUCUUUUGAGAAACCUGUUACCGGCAUUUAACUAACACAGAGAAUAUAUUUUCAUUGAAUGAUAAUAUUGAUUUGUUGCCUUAGUUUGCACCAUUUUUAAAGGGAUAUUCCAACGUAAAAUUAAUUUAGGGUCAAACACACCGUAACACCGAUUUAGACACCCCCUCCAGAGAUGAAUGUUGCCGACCACUUGCUUUGCUCUAGUUAUACCAACUUUAGUAACGACCGCAGGAUAGCAAUACACAGCGGUCUGAGGAGCCAUAAACAAACCUCAACCAAAACGCCACAAAUAAUGCUCAGAACAGCACCUAACUUCAUCAACAGGACAUAUAGGGUCCCAGCCAUAGUACUAGCCACCAAACAUCUUUUUAACUUAACCUUAUUUCUUUAGCAAAGAGACUAAACACAACUCACCUACUCUCUUCCAGCAGCCGCUUGUUUGUAGCAAGACCUCAGGCCAGUCCAUUACGGACUACAGCGGGGUGACGCAGCUCAAGGAAGAACAUUUACGAUCAUUUCUUCAUGGAAAUACAAUCAGACCGAGACGCUAAAGCAGAAGAACUACAGCGUCUGUAAAAUGAUCAAUAUGGUGAUUAUUACUUCAAGGAAAUGAUGCAGGGGUAUCUUAUUAAUGUUUAUAAGCCUAAAAGACCACACACACAAUGUUUCACUAUUUUUGGCGCAUGUAAUUUAAAGAUACAAGUUUGAGCCAUUGUCUGCAGCCCAGAUCCUUAUGAAGUUACAGUGAAUUCUUGGACAGCUCGGAGUCUCUUUGUGAAACAAGAUGACCUCACAUCUCGCUGAGUGAUCGUCUGUAUCUGACAGCACCUUCAACCGCCUGCACCACAAAUGUGGAAGCAUUCCUCACUCUCAUGCACGGUGCUGUUUGAAGCUCCCCCCCCUCCACACCCCGUUCACUUUCUUCUUCUGCAUCUCUGUCAUAGUUAAUCCCAUUCUUAUGCUUCUAGGAUUUCAAAAGCAUAACUGGGAAGUGUCUUGAUGUCUGCAGCAUGUCCUGACAGCAUGACGGACAGCUCCUCUCAUCCCUCCUCUUCUCUCCCUCUUCCUGUUCUCCACCCUGAUAAUCCCACCGUCCUGGCAGUGCGGCUGCUACCUGCUCAAUCACACGGGCUGUUGGCACGGCGAUAACUCACUUCUCACAACUCAUCUUUGUUCUCCUUUAAUUCACACUCCAGCUACCCCCGCUCCGCCUCUGCUCCAGAUGAGUACAGUAUACACAAAAGCUAAAAUUCCCCUCCACCUCCAUGGAGAACAAAGGCGAGUAUCAGAUGAUGAGUUUACAUGAGCGAACUUAUCCGCUGUGAUGGCGUGUCACCACUUUUUCUUUGCGGUUUACAAAGCAUUUCCCACUGACAGCAUUUCAAGUAAUUCAAUCCACCUCUGGAAAUCAGCAGACAGUGUGGGAAUGAUGGGAGCGGAAGGUUUGAACGUACCUUUACUGCCUCCUGGUGGGAGAAAACAGCACAUGGAUCCUUUCUAAACCUUCAUAGUUGAUGUAAAGGUUCAAGAGUGCCAUCUGCUGGUGGAGGGACUGCAGUUUUAAUUUUGAUGGAAUAUCUAUCUGAAAUAUUUGUACUGUACAGACAUGAGAGUUGUACCAAUGUGCUUAUUUGAACUAAUCAAUGUAGAGAAGUAGAAGAAGACGUCUUCUCUAACAGUGUUCACUCCUGAUCUGUGUUGUGUCUGUUUCUGUGUGUCCAGAGGUCCUGAAGAAGUGCAGCUCGGUCCACCCUGCGCUCCUGAAGAAGGAGGUGGAGGCAGUACGAGACAAACAGCGGAGUCCUGCGCACUGUGACCAGCUGCUUCAGCACAUCAGCUCACUGCAGAUCGACCAUCCCGAGUGACAUAAACUAAAAAAACUAAAAAAAACCAUCAGGGAAUGAGCAGCGUGCCUUUAAAGACUCUCUAAAGGAAAAUCUCUCCUCUAUCUUUUGUCAGAGAUGGUUUUAUUCUGUAUUUGUUCCUCGUGUUGCAUUCCUUUAGUUCUGACAUUUGACUUGAAAACAAAUCCAUUUAUGAAGUUAUAUGUUAUUCUUCACAUGUUUUUGUUGCAUACUCAGAAUUUCUCAUUUUCUGCAACCACCCAUGCUUCCUGAUGGAGUCAUGUGGUUUACCUUCAAAAUAAAAGCAUGGUUUAUUUGGUUUAAAACAAAUAUCAUUAAAAAUAAAUCAAACGUUUUCAUAUUAAGACCAUCUUUGAGUGCCUUAUAUGAUGAGUAUGAUGAUGUGGAGUGAAAUGCAAAAGCCAGAAUAUCAUUUCUACACAUUUCCACUUUUGUAUUUGAAAACAAAGCUGCUCAGUGUUUGUAUAUUUUUCCCAAAUUUGA